UCUUUGGGUCUAGCUUUCGAAGCAGAGUACCUGGAUUGUCCUGAAGCCUCCAGUCAUCUGCCUACCUGCCAGGGCCUUUCUGGGGGCAGCCAUGAAAUCCUUCAUCCUGCUCCUUUGCCUUGCUCAGUUCUGGGGCUGCCGGUCGGCCCCACAUGGUCCAGGGCUGGGUUAUAAAGAACCAGAUUGCGAUGACCCAGAAACAGAGCAAGCAGCCCUGGCGGCUGUGAACCACAUCAAUCAACACCUUCUUCAUGGAUACAAGCAAAUUUUGAACCAGAUUGACAAAGUGAAGGUUUGGCCUAGGCGGCCCUUCGGAGAGGUGUAUGAACUUGAAAUAGACACGUUAGAGACCACCUGUCAUGCCCUGGACCCCACCCCCUUGGCAAACUGCUCUGUGAGGGAGGUGACCCAACAUGCUGUGGAAGGAGACUGUAACAUCCAUGUGCUGAAACAGAACGGCCAGUUUUCCGUAUUGUUUGCAAAAUGUGAUUCCACCCCAGACUCCGCCGAGGACGUGCGCAGGCUGUGUCCGGACUGCCCCCUGCUGAUCCUGCUAACCGACCCCAGGGUAGUGCACGCUGCAGAAGCCGCUCUGGCCGCCUUCAACGCGCAGAACAGCGGCCCCUAUUACCAGCUACUGGAAAUUUCCCGCGCUCAACUUGUGCCUCUCCCAGUUUCUAUCUACGUGGAGUUUGCAGUGGCUGCCACUGACUGUGUUGCAAAAGAAGUCACAGAUCCAGCCAAUUGCAGUCUGCUGGCAGAAAAGCAAUAUGGCUUUUGUAAGGCGAACGUCUAUGAGAAGGUUGGUGGAGACCAGGUUUCAGUGACCUGCACAGUGUUCCAGCCUCAGCCUGUGGUCAUGCAACCCCUACCAGAUGGUGCCAAUGCAGCAAACCCUGCAGCUGUCGUGGAACAAGCUACACCAGCAUCUCUUCCAGCUGGCCCGCCUGCAGCAUCCCUGGUGGUUGGACCUAUGGUGGUGUCGGCCCCCAGAGGACCCCCGUUGCACCGGGUACACUACGACCUGCGCUAUGCCUUCUCAGGUGUGGCCUCAGUGGAGUCAGCCUCAGGAGAAGCAUUCCAACCGGCGAAACCACCCAAGGUGACACAACCUGGUGUUGCUGGUGCAGUUGGUCCUGCGGUCCGCCCGUGCCCAGGCAGGAUCAGACACUUCAAGAUCUAGGCCAGACACUGCAGAAAUGGGAAGGUUUGACACAGAGAACUUAGCCACCAUUUUGUCCAAGUCUGGCGUGGGUGGGCCUUUUCUGGUAUCAAAGCAAGUGCCACAUGAGUUUAGAUCAACAUCAAGUCUUAAAUUCCAACCUGUCUUCAUUCCUCAGAGGAUUGAAGCAGAGAGGGUGAUGGUUAUGUCUGAUGGGAGACAUAGGCUGACAACUUGAUGGUCAUUGUCUUAAUGAUAAACCACUACCAUUAAGUUCUCUGCCUUCUGGUUGACCUCAUAAAAACGUCAGAACUGUGACUUUGAAAGGUGCUCUUGCCAAACUUGUAUCUGACUAUUAAUAAAAGUCCCUGAAGGACCUUCCUUAAUAGAGAAGGUUCUAAGCUGAAAUAUGGUUAUGAUUAUUGUCUACUUCAUCCCAGGUCUGCUCAUGUGUGUGACCUGUUAUCCCAAGAACCACACAAGUGUCCCUCACCAAAAUCUACUUGAAAACAGAAACAGAAAACGACAAAUAUCUUGGUGCCAAAUACAGGGAAAAGUGAGUCUAGGAUCUGCUCAUAACCCUAGGAUAUGACCAUUUUCUUAUGAGAAAACAAUUCCUUUUAUUCAAAGAGACAAUCUUGCUAAAGGAAGCCAAGUGCCUGAACUUUGUACAGAUAAAUCAAUCACUGGUUUUCUCCAAUGCUCAGGUAAGAAGGUAUUGGUAAUUAGUAUAGGAAUAGCAUGGGAAUCUCAUUUUAAUUAGAUUUGCUCAUUAUUUAUGUUUAAAAUAUCUGCUUAGUAAACACUCAUUGUAUGAUGCAGGAUGGAGCUUUCUAGCCAAUCUAUUUUAAGGACCCAAAUUAAAGCUCUGGUUUAUGGUAUAUUUAGAUAAGAGAUACCUGGGAAAGUGAAUCAGCAGAUAUCUGUAGAAAUUGCCUAAGUGCUCAAUGGCAUGAGAGAAUAAAUAAUCCCCAUUAUAGAAUGGUGCCUACACAAUUUCAAUUUUUGUCCAUCAGCAUUAAGUUUUUCUGAUCUACCUCCGUGAUGGGCCCUUCCAGAUAGAAUUUUAAAGGGUGAGACCAGCAGCCAAAUGAGUGGCUACACUGAACCAGGGAGACUGAAUUAGGUGUUACCACACUUUGUCACUCUUGCCUAUAAGUUUUGCCAACAGUCCAGUGCUCAGGAGGAAUGUCCAAGAAGGUAAGAAAACCCUUGGGUAUCACAGCAGUGGAGGAAGGUAUGAAUAGCUGUGCUGAAAGUUGCAGAAAGAUCAAUGAAAAUGAAAACUGAGAAGAGCCAUUGUUUUGGUUGAUUGACUUGUAAAUCAUGGCAACGACAGCCAGGAGGGAGAGUGCACCAGGAAGGGCAACCUUGUUGAAGAAGUGAAUGAAAGGCAAAUUUCAAGCAGAAUGACUGGGAAGGGAAGUGAUCUAUAAUCUAAAAUGAUAAGUAAAUGGAAGAAGGAUUUCUUUUUCAGGAAGAAUUUUGAAUGCAUUUAGGGAGAAAGGAAGAUGUGGAAGAAGAACAGAGAUGAUAGACUAGAGGAGGUAUCUAGUGGAGAUGUCAGUCCUUCCUUGAAAUAACUUGCAAGAGGAUCCUGGGAAGGCACCUUUCACCCAGGACUGCAGGAGAUUCAUCUGCUUCCCAUGCUUGCUACACACAGGUGUGGCUUAGAGGAAGCACGUGGAGUACUGGUCAGAGUGUUUCCUAAGGCAGAAGCAGAAACAAAUCAAAACUAGCUUAAAUAAAAAAGCGUGUGUUAUUUAUUACCUUGUGUACUGAAAAUUCAAAUGGAUGAGUCUUACCUAAGGCACAGUUGAAUUUAGGAGUUCAAGAGACAUCAGGUCGCACUCCACCUCUCAGAAAGGCUUGCCUCUGCUUGCCUUCAUUCUUCCCAGGAUGGUCACUAGCAGCCUCAUGCUGACAUAGCUUUAGUGCCCAAGCCAGAAGGAAGAGAGAAAAACCAGCCAAGACAGCCACGGGCAGGAGUAUUCUGGGCUAAGAUAAUAGCAGGCACAAAGGCCCUGUAGCAGAUAAUGAGUUGACGAGGUCAAGGAUGAGAAAGAAAGUCAUACUGAAGUAAGAGGAGGAGGGGAGUUACAAAAGAGGGGCUGGGGAAGUAGACAUGGGUCAGAUCAUUAAUGGCCCUGAGGUCCCCAGGAGGAAUUGGGAUGCUACUUGCAUUGAGAAAUCACUCAAUUUUAAGCAGGGCAGUGACAUGGUCUGAUUUACAUUAAAAUAUCACUCAGGUUCUAUGCUUCUCGACCUGGGGAUGGGAUGAGGUGGGAUGGAGUAGAAACACCAUGCCCCUGGAGAGACAUUUGGAAGUGAGUGGGGGCAUUUGCUUGGAACCCUACUGAGAUUUAGAGGACAGAGGUCAGGGAUGGCAAACAUUCCAAAAUGAACAAGGCAUUUCUAACAAACUCGCAACAACAAACUAUGAUUAAUUAGUAUUUAGUGAUUUAUCAAGUUCCAACAGCAUCUGUGUAGUUGUAUGGAAAGUGUUUGUAGCUGGGCAGGAGUGGCCACAGGGAAGGAAGUCACUAAUAGAGCAAAUUUUGUUCAAAUUUUGGUCUUAGGCAGCGGGCGGCAGAUAUGAUAAAAAAAGGAUGUGAUUUGGAGGUGGCACUCCCAGGGCCUACCAAAGGAUAUGAUAUAGACAUGAGAAAGAGACAUGAAAAAUGACAGCUCCAGCAUUUGUGGCUUUGCUAACUGGGAGGAUGGAACCAUUUUCUAGGCAGGGAACACUGGUACAUUUCCUUUGACUUACCUUAACUUUGCUCUACUCUGUCUUAAAAUUUGAGCAGUUGAUUUUUCUGUCUGCCUAACCCAUGCAGUUACCCUGUACCCCUCAAGGAAGCAGUGAAGUUGGACAGACCUGCAAACCUGGGCUGAGCUGUUGUGCCUUUCUCCUCUUUCUGCCCUCAUUGCACAACCAGGUGUAUACAGCAGGCUGGCAUAGAGAUAUUAGGAGGAUUAAAUGAGAUGCUACAAAUUACACGCAUGGAAAUAUCCUGACACAUUCUAGGUUCUCAGGAAGUGCCCUCCCUCACCACUGUCUCUUCCUGUGCUCACAUAUGGUGGCUUCAGAAGAUUAUAUUUUUGACCUCUUAAAUCUAUACUCUUCAUUUCACAAGUUCAUCCCCUCUUGUGAUUUAAACUGACUGUAUUGCACAGACCACUUCCAAUUUCAUGGCUCCAGGUUAGACCUCUUUCUUGAAUUCCAGCAUUGUAUUUCCAAAUCUCCAGAAUUUCCUCGUCUGAAUUUACCAAGUGUAGUUUCCUGUGUGGUUUAUUUUCUCUAAAUGAUGCAUAGCUGAAGACUUAGCAUUAUCAAAAAUGUAAUUAUUUUAGGAUAAUCAUAAUCACAAGCAUAAAGUAUGGAAGGUGAGUGGUGAAGCUCUUAAAUCUAUGACCCUUACAACACAUUUUUGGUUUUUUUUUGCUUUAAGGUUGCUUGGUAUUUUCAUAAUGUCAUCAAAUAGUUUCAAAUUUUGUAUAUCAGAUGAGACUAAUGCUAUUCUAAUAUCUCACUAUUUAAAAUGUGUAUGGUUCAAAAUCUCAUACAAUAUAACUCUCUUUACGUCCAAA